AUGAUAAUCCCGAAUUUGUCUCUCAAUAAACAACCAACUCGUACAAAAACAAAUUGGAUUUGUCUCAAUCAAAAUUUUCUUAGUUUAUCAACUAAAGAUUGUAAACGAUUUGUACAACGUGAUUUUGAUCAAAUGGAUCGUGAAAUUAGUCAAGCUGAAAAAAAUUUGAAAGAAAACGUGAAAAAACUAUACGAUGCUGAGAAAAAACCAGAAAUUAAAGGACUUGGACUUAAAUCAUUAAGUCGUGAAGAACGAAAUGAGUUUGAUGAUUUAUUACAACCAUAUAUUUAA